UCAGAGGUUCGAGACCACUCAGAACCAUUCGGGGCAAAUCUUCACAACGAUGAAGGGAAAAACAAAGGUGGUCUGACUCGAACCAUUUCGCCGUAUAACGGGAUAGGCUAAAGGAAGGAAGCGAAACAGCGUUUCCAAAUACCCGCCGGUCCGGCCUUCGGGGGCGCGGCCUCCGGAAAACCAAUCCGCUCCUGGCUGCAAGGGUGGGUCCCGCCCCUUUUUCCUCAGGGACGGUUCAUUUUCGCGUCCAUCAAUUUCUUCGACUCAGCACAACCAAUCCGUUGCCUACAUCCGGAAGGGGCGCGGACCUGCACCGGAGAGAUCGAAAGUUUUCCAAGAUUGAACCCUUGCCAUUGGUUUCCCCUCCUCUGCCGAGGCGGAGCCUAGCCCUUUCGGUCUCCCUUUUGGGCUGUGCAACGCUCCGGGGAGCCAAUUCUGCCCAAGGGAGACGGGGAGGCGUGUCCUCGGACCGAGAGUUCCCAUUGGUUCCUCUGCUCGCCAGGGUGGGAUAAUACCGUCGCUGUGGUUGCUCAUUGGUCCUCCUACUGCAUGGGGGGCUGGUCUUGGCUGGGCAUGAACUGGGGGCUCCGCGGUCCAGGACCGGGUUGCCUGGCAAAGCUGCCAUGCGUUCCGGGAGCCGUGGGCGGCCCCGGCUACGGCUCGGGGAGCGCUUCUUGGAGCCCCCCUCACCGCCCAGGCGCCGCCUACUACCGCGGGCGCGGCUGUUGCCCCUGCUGCUGCUGGCGUUGGCCGUGGGCUCAGCGUUCUACAUCAUCUGGAGCUGCUGGGACCACAGCACCGGGGAGCUGCCGCUGGGCCAAGAGCUGCGGGCCCCGGUGAUCGGAAGCCUCUCUGAAGCUCGGCUUCGGAGGGUGGUCGGGCAACUGGAUCCGCAGCGUCUCUGGGACGCUUAUCUGCGUCCCUUGUUGGUGGUGCGGACCCCCGGCAGUCCCGGCAAUCUUCAAGUCCGAAAGUUCCUGGAGGCCACCCUGCGGACACUGACAGCCGGCUGGCAUGUGGAGCUGGACCCUUUCACAGCCUCAACGCCCCUGGGGCCGCUGAACUUUGGCAAUGUGGUGGCCACGCUGGACCCGGGGGCUGCCCGCCACCUCACUCUCGCCUGCCAUUAUGACUCAAAGCUCUUCCCACCCGGGUCAACCCCCUUUGUGGGGGCCACGGAUUCGGCUGUGCCCUGUGCCCUUCUGCUGGAGCUGGCCCAGGCCCUUGACCUGGAGUUGAGCAGGGCUAAGGAGCAGGCAGCCCCGGUGACCCUGCAGCUGCUCUUCUUGGAUGGCGAAGAAGCACUGAAGGAGUGGGGACCCAAGGACUCCCUUUAUGGCUCCCGGCACCUGGCCCAGCUCAUGGAGUCUGCCCCUCACAGUCCCGGCCCCACCAGGAUCCAGGCUAUUGAGCUCUUUGUGCUUCUCGAUCUCUUGGGAGCCCCCCACCCGACCUUCUACAGUCACUUUCCGCGCACAGCCCGCUGGUUCCAUCGGCUGCGGAGCAUUGAGAAGCGUCUGCACCGUCUGAACAUGCUGCAGUCUCAUCCCCAGGAAGUGAUGUACUUCCAGCCUGGGGAGCCCCUGGGAUCUGUGGAAGAUGACCAUGUCCCGUUCCUCCGCCGAGGGGUCCCGGUGCUUCACCUCAUCUCCACACCCUUCCCCUCUGUCUGGCACACGCCUGCCGACUCUGAGGCCAACCUUCACCCGCCCACGGUACACAACCUGAGCCGCAUCCUCGCUGUCUUCUUGGCCGAAUACCUGGGGCUCUAGCCUGUUGAGCCGAUCCCCGACAGGGAGGCUUUACUCCGAGGGAGAAGUGCCUGGCAGGAAACAUGCCAAGGGCACUUGGAGCCAGCGGACCUCAGACCAAGCACACCUUGAAUGUGCUGGUUUAUUCUCUGUGACACCUUUGGUUCCCACUCAUACUAUGAUUGGAAGACCCUCUUUCUGUUGACCCUCUCAGGCCACCUCCCUUCAAAGACUUGGAAGAGACCACCAUGGUAGCAAGGGCCAAAGGAGUAAGAGCUUGGGCCCUGCCCUAGGGAAACACUUGGUCUGAAGGUCAGUGGGGCUAAAUGCUCUUCUCAUUUGUGGACUGGUGUCUGGACCAGCAACACCUUCUGAGUAAAUUUGUCAGCUCUUUCUCCAGGACGGCAGCCUUGGUGCUGCGUCAGUCCAAAUCUACCUCCCACACGGAUGUACCACGUGGGGCCCCCAGAGCAUGUGCUCCUAAGCAGGGAAGAGAUGGAAGCCAAUAUUUGGGAAAAACCAGAUUCUGCCAGACCCAGCGGACAAUAAAACAGGGUUUCUGCAAAACACAUUCUGCAGAGCUAGCAUAAAUGUAUGUUGCAAGAAAAAAGGGGAUCAGAGAUCAAGGAAGUGGGGUGAGAUGUUAAAUGAGUUUCCUCACUGCACAGGGUGAGUUUUCGAGAGUAGGAGAGAGAAUAGGAAGCCCUGGUGCUGCGAUGGUUAAGCACUCAGCUUCUUAUCGAAAAGGCUGGCAGUUCAAACCCAGCCAGUAGCUCUGCAGGAGAAAGACCUGGCGAUCUGCUCUGUAAAGAUGACAGUCUAGAAAGCCCUCCGGGGCAGUUCUCCUCUGUCACAUGGGUUGCUAUGAGUUGAAAUUGACUUGAUUGACACCCAACAGCAACCUGACAGUGUCUCCCUAAGGUAUUUGACCAUGGAACCUCUCUGUCAGGAAGCACCUCACAGAACAAGGGUACCUCAGAAUAUACCAUGGGAAACGAGGGUUUUGGAAGUUGGGAAGAAAGGGUACAACAGACCUAAAUUCACUACGAACUAAUUCUGCCAAGCCAUCCUUUUCCUUUCAUCUGUGGAUACAGGAGUGUGAAAUGAUGGGUCUCACUGUAACUCUAGUGAUGGCCUGAGGCAGUACUUCUCAACCCUAAUUAAUUGUCAGACUCAGCUGGGGUGCUUAAUGGAAAAGUCAGGCUCCCAGGUCCCCCAGACCUACCCAGUCAGAACUCUGGGGAGGAGCUGGGACUCUGUAACUAGCACUUGAAGGAGUCACACGAUCAGCAAAGUUUGGGACACAAAGUCUUUAAGGAUACAGUUUGGUGUGUUCAUAGCUGUUUAGCAAACGUUCUCAUAAGAACUCUCUAGGAGGAAAAGUCCCAUGGGCUCUGUACCUGCUGGUUUUGUCGCUUCCAUGGGGACUGUGAGGAUGAAGGGUUAUUUAACAGGGAAGGUGAGCAUCGACCUUCCAGCCAACUAAAGGCUGGAGGACACUUGAAAGAAAACUCGAGGGCUGAAACCCAGGAUAUCAAAUGAGAAUGAAUAAAGAAAAGGUCCUCAGUUCAGUUUCUCCCACAGUAAAAACCAAACCAAACCCAUUGCCAUCAAGUUGAUUCCGACUCAUGGUGACCCCAUGUGUUACAGAGUAGAACUGCUCCAUAGGAUUUUCCUGGCUGUAAUUUUUACAGAAGCAGGUUGCCUGGCCUUUCCUCCACGGCAUCCUGAGUGGGUUGGAACUGACAACCUUUAGGCUACUGGUCAAGGGCAAACUGUUUGCACCAUACAGUAGCUGACAUUUACUAGGCUCCUGCUACAUGCCUGGCACCAUGAGAGCUUUAUAUAUAUGUCAGCUCAUUUCAUAAUCACCCCCCACAUCCUGAGGUGGGCACAAUGGCAGUUCUUGUUGUGCAGAUGAGGCAGCUGAGGCUGAGAAUUGGGAAGAACCAGUUACUAACAGGGCCUAGACUUACCGCCAGCUGCCAACCUCCUUGUCUUACCUCCCUUCCAAAAAAACAACCCAUGCUGGAGCAAGUUUGCUGACAUUUUAAUUGGCUGUAAGAUAAAGUGGGGUUGAGCUGGGGGCUGGAGGGACAUUAGUAGCUUCUGAGAGGUGGAAUUUGCGGAAUUCUAUUCAGAAAGGGAAGCUGACAGUGACAUCACCAGCCAGGGUGGUGAGGGGUCUCGAGAAACCACAGGGUCGGUACUACUGUUUGUUGUUCAUUCCUUGUGUGGCAGAUGAUAGGGCCAAGUGCUUAAAGCGCACCAUCUCACCUCCAUCUCACGGCGAGGCAGGUGAGACUAUCAUGUCUGUAUUAGAGAGGAAGCAGUGUGCUUCCUUUUACAGACAAGGUUUUUACUGAUGCUUGGCAAGGUGUUUUCCCAGGUCCCAUAGCAGUAGAGAAGCCCUGGUGGCACAACGAUUAAGCGUUCAGCUGCUAACGGAAAAGUUGGUGGUUUGAACCCACUCAGUGCUCCCUGGGAAAAAAGAUUUGGCAAUCUGCUCCUGUAAAGAUUACAGCCUAGAAAGCCCUACGGGGCAGUUCUACUGUCACAUGGGGCUGCUAUGAGCCGAAAUCAACCUGACAGCACCUAACAGCAUAGCCAGUAGGCCCUGCAACUGCGAUUUGGUGUACAGUUGUUCCUCAGUAUUCACAGGGAUUGGAUCCAGGUCCCCCGUGGAUAGCAAAAUCCAUGGAUGCUCAAGUCGCUUAUAUAAAAUGGCAUAGUAUUUGCAUAUAACCUGUGCACAUCCUCCUGUAUACUUUAAAUCGUCUGUCGUUAGGUGCCAACGAGUUGGUUUCGACUCAUAGUGAACCUAUGCACAACAGAACAAAACACUGCCCAGUCCUGUGCCAUCCUCACAAUUGUUAUACUUAAGCCCACUGUUGCAGCCACUGUGUCAAUCCAUCUCGUUGAGGGUCUUCCUCUUUAUCACUGACCCUCUACAUUACCAAGCGUGAUGUCCUUCUUCAGGGACUGGUCCCUCCAGAUAACACGUCCAAAGUAUGUGAGACGAAGUCUUGCCAUCCUUGCUUUUAAGGACCAUUCUAGCUGUAUUUCCUGCAAGACAGAUUACUUGUAAUACCUAAUACAAUGUAAGUAGUUGUUAUACUGUAUUGUUUAGGGGAUAACGGCAAGAUGCAAGGCUAACAACGCUCAAAUGAGUGCCAGAGACAGACUGAGGAUCUGUGAAAUGAGGGGAGGCUACAGCAGGGAGUGCCUACACAUCACUUCAUUCACAGACAUUCACCGGAGUGCUUGGCACAUGGCAAAUUGAAGUUUUGCUUUUCAGAACUUUUUUUUCCCCCAAAUAUUUGUGAUCUGCUGUUGGUUGAAUCCGCCAAUGUGGAACCUGAGGAUAUGCAGGGCAGACUCUAUUUGGUAAACAACUGUUGAGUACCCUAGACACAGUAUCUCACGUAUCAAUAUGAGGAACUGUGAGUAUUCUUUCUCUGGUCAAGAAACUGAGCAUCAGAGAAUUGGCCAAGAUCACGUAAGUGGGCACUUUCAGUACCAUAUGACUUGGUGUACCGUUGUUUAUCCUGCUCAUGAUUUAUUGGGCUUAUUGGUGUCUUACCAGUCUGGAAUUCUCAACCACUUUGUGUUGCCCAUUCUCUCUUCUGAUUCUGGAAUGUCAAUUUAGUGUAUGUUUGAUCUUCUCACUCUAUCCUCCAUAACCUUUCUUUCAUAUUUUCUGGCUUUUUUCUUUCUCUGUGGUACAUUAUGGAUAUUUUUCUGACCUUGUUUCCA